AUGUCUUUUUUAUCAAAAGCAAUUCAAUAUAUUGCGAUUAUAGUAAUUCUACAUUCUGGAUUCUCCAGUUAUGAAUUCCACCAAACAGCAAAACAAUUAUCACUAGAUAGUAUCUCAAAUGUUAUAGCAUUGCCUAUCGAUAUUAAAUAUGAAGCUAUUGCUGGUCUUUUAUUGUUUAUAAUAUCAGUUUUUGUAUCCUUUGAAAAAAUUGAAUACUAUUCUUUAAGAAGACAAGAAGGUCAUUCCAUUGAAACGUUAUCACAGGGUCAAUAUCUUAAAUAUAUUACGUUGAAUAAAGCCACUGAUAGGGAUAAUAUGAUUAAUAGUGACCCAACAGGUGAUGUCUCAUAUACACCAAAUAUGGUUCAUAUUCAUGAAAAAAGAAAACAAAUGAGAGAUUGGAUUCAAAAACAACAAGAAACAAGUUGA